AUGUUUAACUCAGUGAAUCUAGGAAACUUCUGUUCUCAAUCGCGUAAAGAGAGGAGUGCUGACUUUGGAGACAGAGCAGGUUGCGCUUCCAAUCUCUACCUCCCUAGCUGCACCUAUUACGUCCCAGAAUUUUCAACUGUGUCAUCUUUCUUGCCACAGGCCCCCUCUCGCCAAAUCUCCUACCCUUAUUCCACUAACCUCUCGCAAGUGCAGCCAGUUCGAGAGGUCUCCUAUGGUCUAGACCCCUCUAGUAAAUGGCACCAUAGAAGCAAUUACGCCUCGUGUUAUUCCGCGGAAGAUCUGAUGCAUAGAGAGUGUAUCCCGCCUUCCACCAUGACCGAAAUGCUAAUGAAAAACGAAAGCGUGUACAGCCACCACCAUCCCAGCUCUAACCAUCCUGCAUCUACGGGAUUCUACUCCAGCAUGAACAAAAACAGUGUCCUGCCCCAGGGCUUUGAUCGGUUCUUCGAAAAUGCCUACUGCGGGACAGAGAACCCGCCUGAGAACUGUCUGCAGAAAAGCGAGAGCAAACUGGAAUCCGACUCCCAGCCCAGUGCACUAUCAUCCCGCGGAGAGCAAGGCAUAGACCCGGAAGACGAAGAGGAAAACACAAAUCCAGGGUCUUCAGCCUCGUCUUCUUCUGUCAACAAGGAAGGAAGCAAAAACAGCAACUCGAGUGCUCCCCGUACAAGAAAGAAGAGAUGUCCCUAUUCGAAAUUCCAGAUCAGAGAGCUAGAGAGAGAAUUUUUCUUCAAUGUCUAUAUAAACAAAGAAAAAAGGCUUCAGUUGUCUAGGAUGCUAAAUCUCACUGAUCGACAGGUUAAAAUUUGGUUUCAGAACAGAAGAAUGAAAGAAAAAAAAUUAAGCAGAGACCGCCUGCAGUAUUUUUCUGGAAAUCCCUUAUUGUGAACACAUCUUUUUCCAAUCCUCUCUGCUGGUGAAGUAGAUCUGUAUUAAGAAGGAACUCUGAAAGCAUGGGUUGUGGUCUGAGUCUACAAGCAACCUCAAAGUUUAAGCCUUUUCGUUACUUAUAUUUGUAUGUAUGGAACAGUUCUAAGUAACGCAAGGAGUUCAGAUAUCUAAACGUUUAAAGGACUUGAAAACCAUGGACUUUUUAUUUAACGUUUUGUCUGAACAACUGGGAUUUUUUUUUUCAUUUAGUCAUCCUUGUCUAUUUGAAUAAAUCGCAGUGCUGUGUUAUAAUUAUCAUGGUGAUGAUUUCAAUAUGCAGUUAACAUGUGCUAUCACAGAC